AUGCUUCCAUUCCUCGUUCUUCUGUCCUCGGCUUCGGCCGCUACAGCUGCGGUAAUCAGCGAGAGGGUUAACAUUAUCCCUCGCGUCCAACAGCCAUCGCAGCCUCUAAUCAAUGAUGCCUGCUUCAAUCCCGUUAACCGAAUGGACGGUGAAUCGGUAUUCGACUGCCCCAGGAAGGUGGAAGUGAAAGAGGACGGUACCUGUCCAAUGCAUUGGAACGAAGAAGACCUUCCAAGGUGCGCUGGUUAUUGCGAAGUCAGACUCUCCUACUCAUAUGGCCGAGAGCAACCUUUCGACACGUCCCGCUGCGGCCAGGGCGAUUGUGGUCUCUCAGCCGAGACGAGUGCAACAGUGACCAAGUCAUUCAGCUUCACUCUCGGUAUCGAGAGUCAGGCGGGGCUGGCUGUCAGCCUAGGCGCAACCUGGGGAUGGUCGGAGUCCAAGGGGACAACCACUGGAUUAUCUCGCGAGAAGCCUGACAAGAACAAGGAUAAUUGCGGAUACUGGACUUUCGUUCCAUACUAUGUCAGCUCCUGCGGAACCUUGACCCACGGUGAUCUCAAAACACGCAGCGUGGGAGGACCACGGAACAGCUGUGAGAAUGUCGUGACGACACACAACGUCUGCACCACUUCGCUCUGGAAGAACAAGGACGGGAAUAUUGGCGGAGUGCCUAUCUUCGUUGCUACCGAAUGCAAAACCCAGAAGCCGCUGCCCUUCUGCAAGCAAGAUCCUAUCUUCCUCAAGCAGGGCGUUGCUCAAGACGCCAGCGUUUACAAUGAGUUCCUUGAGGCACAUUUCGAUAACGACCCGUCUAAGGAUAUUCUUGGCACCGCGCUCGCUAUGUGUGACCAAGGAAAGUGGCCUCCUGGAUUCAAUGAGACGGGACAAGUAUACUGA